AUUGUAUAUAGUAUAAUCUAUCCAUAUUUAACUGUUGUAAAAGUGAGUGUUAAAACAUCGACAAGGAACCGAUUCAUCCUCAGUCUCGGAAUCGCUUUAGUUUUGAGGAAUCGUAGAACCGACUCUUUGGUAUCGAUUCCCAGUCUAUUAGCUAGCGGACCUAGCUGGACUUUAAGUGAUAAAUGGCUUCUUCAGAACACUUAGAAACUUUGCGAAAACGAAACAAGGAACUACUGGAGCAACUAAAGCAGGUAACGGAAGAACUACAGAGUAUUAAAUUACCCCACACAUGCAAAACAGCAGCAAAUAAAUCACAGGGAAGUCCAGCGUCCGCUUGUACUGAAGAUCUUUUAUUAGUUAAGAACAAACAAAGAUAUCAGGUUCCUCUAAACGAGAGAAAUGAAAGAUUCGUGUCUAAUGCCAUCAGAGACACUCUUACUGUUUCUGUUGAGACUAACAGUCCAGAUGUUGCCCGUCGCUCGUUGUGUAAGGUGGGGACACGGAUGCAAACCAGGAAAACAUCAAAGCCUGCAGGAAAGAACUCUUUGAAUUUGGCCACCAAUAAAAAGUGUAAAGCUUCUACAUCAGCUGAACAUGUGUGUGAACAGGGCCAUGUUCCAACAGACACCACAUAUGACAACAGCCUCCAAGAACAAGAGAACAUCUCCCUACAUGGACACUUUAACACUAUAGAACAGAUUCAGCCCAAGCCCAUUCCCUCGCAGAACAUGUAUCAGAAAGGCGUGAGACAAGUCACAAUUCUGUCUCCUAAUCAAGAGCUGGACAGCAUCCUGCAGUUGGAUAGACAACGGGUACAGCCUUUACUAGGCUAUGACUGGAUAGCUGGUCUGCUGGAUGCAGAGAGCUCCCUGACCGAGCAUACCGAGCAGUUCUUCAGUGAGCUUCGCACUUUCCGCCAGGUCAACAAAGAGGAGUGCGUCCACAGCCAGUUGUCUAGGCUGCCUGGUGUAGGAGACCCUUUGAACUUCCCACUAGAAGAAGAAGUGACUGAACAGCAGCAUACACCAGAUAUUCACCAAUGCACCUUCUGCUACCGAAUCAACAGUCGCCUGUUCGCCACUCCUCUGGACCCUCAAGCUGUGUGCCCCAUAUGUAAAAUGCCUAAAGCCAAACACCCACACACAGAGAAAGAACCUGCAUUCAUAAGGGUCAGUAUUCCACGUUCAACACUUCUGCCGGCAUACCAAUACAAAGCCCAUCGUCGCUGCAGUUUUGAUCCAUCGGACAGCCUCGGCUUGCCCUCUCACUGUUCAUCUGGAUGGCUGAACAUUACUCAAAAAGCUGGCUCUCAGAUGAGCAGUUUAGAUCUACGAAGCUGCAUGGAGGUGAAGCCAGAUUUGGACACAGUCAGCAGUCAGCAGGAUCUCUCUGUGUCAAGGGUGUCUGGAAGUCGGCGUUCUGAUCAGCUGUUGGACAUCUCUCGCCUGGCACGAUAUCGUUUCCAGCAUCUUAACACUUGGAGGGAUAAAACUAAUAAGAGAUACUAACUGGUUGGGUGUGUGACCAUUUUGGAACCACUGUGGUUGUAUGUGUGUGUGAGGGGGGGCUUAGGCCAUCAGUUUAUUGUUUAAACUGCAGUAACUUCUAAUGUAUUUCAUUAAUUAGUCAUUAAUUAGUUGCUGUUACAGAUCAUUGAUGCCACAUGGCUAAAAUACAAUUACUUUUUUGGUUACUGUUCUAGAAUAGAAUUAAUUAUCUGAUUAGCCAGUAAUGUGACAGCAGUGCAUAAAAUAAUAGUGUUUAUAUUAAACAUCAGAA